CCGUCUGGCAGCCAAGACAAAAGGAGAGAGGAAAGGAGAUCGUGUUGACGAAUUCAUCUUCGGAGGCGCUAUACCAGCUAGACAAGAUGAUAAACUUGACAGUUAACUACCACCGACCAUCCUCAACUGUCGACUCUCAAACCGUCGACGGUGCCUAUCUUGUUCAUGAUCAAGUGGUUCCCAAUGGCGUCAAUGGCAUCGCUAAACGUCACGUUGUCGUAUUCAGGCAACGCAGGUUCAAGAAGAACAAAUACAUGGUUAUGGCCGCCAUUUUCUUUGUAGUUGUCGUCUUGCUGAUUGUGGGCUUGAUCGCAGGUGUUUACCAUCCUGGUUUCGAAACAGACUCAGACUCUUCAUCUUUAUCCUCCUCAUCUCCAGUGUCUACACCAGAUCACAGUAGUCACGUUCCACCUUCGACCACCCUACCUAACCAGCUGAAUUGUGGGACUCGGCCUGGCUUUACUACGAGGCACAGACGUGUGGUACAUGGGCGGGCCUCGGAGAUAGGUCAAUGGCCGUGGCAAGUUUUCAUCAGGGAAAACGACGGAUAUGUGUGUGGCGGUGUUAUUGUUGAUCCUCAGUGGGUAUUCACAGCUGCACAUUGUGUGACUCUCUUUGACAAAUCACGGAGAGCACAAGCUGCUGACAUCACGGUAGUUGCAGGCUCGAUUCAUCGGGAAACCUACGACGAAGGAACCCAGGAGCGAUCUGUUAUAAGAUUUAUUGUUCAUCCAGGGUAUUCAAAAGAAUCAGUGCUAUUCAACUACGAUAUGAUAUUGUUAAAGCUUGACAGGCCGUUUGAAAUAACUGAUCAUGUGAGGACUAUUUGUUUGGAAUCUCUUCUAAAUUCAGAUUUGUAUGAUCCGGGGAAAAAGUGCAUAGUCGCUGGUUGGGGCUUUACCGCUCGAAGAGAAUCUCCUUUUGACGAAAACACUGAAUUAGUUUAUGCUGAGAUCCCCCUGAUUAAACCCAAAGAAUGCUUUGAGUGGGCCUCAAGAAUCAGCCGAAAACAAGAGCUACAGAUAACACCACAACGGCUUUGCGCAGGUUACGAGGAUAAUAGGCAACUCUUGGCACACAUUAGCGUACCAUGUCGGGGCGACAGUGGAAGUCCGUUAGUUUGUGAAGAUACUUUAUCAGAAUCGUGGCACCUAAUAGGUCUCGUUUCAUCUGGUCCCAAAUGCGGCGAAGUUAGUUAUUUCACAAAUGUGUCUGCCGUCUCAGACUUCUGGCACGUCAUAUACAACGAAACUGCUUUACCACCCAUUGAUUUUGACUGCAAAAAUGGAAAUGGAUCGAUUCCACUGGAAUGGAUGUGUGACGGAUUUGUGGAUUGUUUGGACAUGUCGGAUGAAACAGAAUGUGAAUGUACAGAGCGCCAAUUUCAGUGUGAUAACAGGCGUUGUAUCUUGGAUCAAUUUCGAUGUGACAGCAUUGACACGUGUGGUGAUGGCAGCGACGAAAGGGAUUGCUCGUAUUUCAACUGUUCGGACGGUCAGCUUGUAUCAGAAACGGCUGUUUGUGACGGCUUUCAUGACUGCAGUAAUAUGCAUGACGAGAGCAACGAUAUUUGUCACUAUAACCCUGAGACCCACUACGCAUGUCCAGAAGGAAUAAGGAUACAGCACUCGUGGUUAUGUGAUGGUUAUAAAGAUUGUGAGAAUGGAGAGGAUGAAGAAGGAUGCGAUUGUGCAUCACACCAGUUUGCAUGUGACAACCGAUGUAUACAUGGGCACUAUGUUUGUGAUGAGGUAUUCGACUGUGAUGACGGAAAAGAUGAGCAAAAUUGCACUUGCAGCGAGGACAAGUUCUUUUGCGGAGCAGCUGGUCUUUGUUGGGAUAAUAAAAUGAAGCAGUACUGUGAUCAGAGAAGUAAUUGUAUUCAAGAUACCUUGAUGCUAGGCAUUACGUGUGCUAUAUUCGAUUUUUGCGCAAGUGAAGAUCAAUUAUCGACCUGUCAAAACUUACUCGAUACUGUUCGUAACGAGACGCAAGUGGGAAAUGGCGGUUGAUCAUGGAUAACAUUUGGAUAUUUCCUUUAGCUGUUCAUUUGAUGGAGGUUUCUAUCCCAGUCUCUAUCCGUAUUUAUCUACAGAUUUCACAACCUAUUCACACGCCGGAAGAUUUUUUUGAGCCAAAACUCUUUGAUGUUUGUCACUCCAAAUAAGAUUCGCUUUCUUAAAUUUCGUCACCUGAGGAGUAGGAGGUCGCUAUACCAUUGCUAAUCUAUAGUGAUAGCGCACUUGUAGUUCUCUACAAAGUGGUGAAAAACUAUUGCAAUACAGUAAAAUACAUGUAAGAGUCAUCAGGCUUAAAAUGACAUUUGCUCCGGCGACAAUCGUUCCGCUCUUAAUUCCACACACUCAUCGAAUGACCAACUUCAACCCAGGGUUUAACACUAUACCCUAAACCUAAGAUAAAAUCCUAUUGAAAACCUAACCCUACAUCUUAGACGAUAUUAAGACCGAAGCAAUUGUCGCAGGAAUAAAUGUCGUGUCACCAAAAUAAGAGUCUGUGGUAAGAUUAUUGUGGGAUAGCCAUAGGUACAUUCCAAGAAGUGUUACAUUAAUUUUCCCAUCCAUUUAAUCCAGUGUUAAUGAAAUUAUUGAUUGAAGAAAAGACGACUGUUCAAAACAAAAACUUUUUAUAUACAACAUCCAUUCUAUGGACUUACUGAUUUGGAAGUUAUAAGAUUAUCAACUGAAUACAUAUAUAUAUAUACAUAUAUGUAUUGUUUGAUAUGAAAUAGCAGUUUUGUAUUUUAUGAAAGAGUAACUCCUCCCAAAUCGUGCAAACGGUUUAAUAUCACUUGUUUGUGGUAUAUUUGAUGUUCGCAACGUAUUCUUUUGGGUGAUUUACAAAUUGACUCGUUUCAGAGUUAGGCAUGGCGGAAAUUAACAUGAUUAAUCAAAAUAUCCAUUACGUCAUAAAUGUAAAUGAAUAGCAGUAAACCUCAUUGCACAAUACCCGUUUACUUAAUUACAUUAAAUGAGAACAGUGCUUAUCAAACAAUUACCAUUUUGAAAUAAAUAACCAUGCAAAUUGUAUCUGACAAGCUAUACUCUUUCAGGAUAUUUGUAAAAGGUUUUGGGGUUUGUGUUUAUGAAAUGAGAUUUCUUUAAAUUGUCGAUUAUUGAGGUGUAAUUUUGUAAUUUUCAUUUCUGACUCAAUCAGUAAAGGUCUUGCGAAAUCAUUUGUCAUGGGCGUUUACCCAAUACACGCCCAUGUUUUAAAGAAAUCUAGAGAUAGUUUAUUUAAACAAUAUAUUCUAUGCAAUCUAUGCAGUAUUUAUGCUGCUUCCUAUAGAGGUUGUUUUGGAAGAAUUUGUUUUUUCUUUAAAGCUAGUAUCCCAAUUAAAUAUAUCAUGUAUCGCAUAAGGAUCAUCGUGGACCACAAUCCUUGGUUUUAAAAAGUGCAAGAUUAGCCUUGAUUCAAGAUAACUUCUAUUGCGGUGAAUCUUGUCCCGGUGUUGUGAAAACGUUAUGGACUGGUAUGUAGUGAUACGUUUUAAGUAAGGUAACUAAAGGGUUUGAAGCUGGAGUGGGUUUUGUCAGUACUUGUGGCCCAGAUAUGCGAGAGCAGCAAGCGUGAGACCGAACGCCUCCAUUAUGUAGGUAUUUAUAUUAAGUUAUUAUUCCAAUGUGAGUCCAGCUGAUAGUUUAAAGGGUAAUCAAAGAAGCUGGAAGUCGAAACAUUAUAAUCCAAGAAUCAUAUACAUGAAUAAAAUAUCAUUUGAAAAUUACAAACUUCCCGUAUCGUCCCUUCACCACCACUACGCCAUGAAAUGUUAUCCUCAGAGCUAUUGCGUAUUUGAAACACUAACAUUCAGACCAACAAUGUAAGUUACAUUAACAACUUUAUGAGCGGCUAUGUAGUAUUUUGUAUCAAACAAAUCAUAUAUGUACAUUUAUAUUGUUUGGCCUGUUUUGUUGGUUCCUUCAGGCGUAGAUUGAGAAGAGGGGGGCAAACCAGGGACCUAUAAAAGUGAUAACACAAAUUUAGUACAAUGUUUUGAAUCUUGUACAUAUUUGUUGGAAUGAUCUGUUUUAAUUUUGUAAUUUCUUUGUAUUGAUGUUACUUUCUCUAUUUUGUAUGACUUAUUCGAAACAUAAUAUAUAAUUUGAUGAUUUGACAUUUUGUAAAGCAAAUAAGAGUCUUUGCCAAUAUUUAUGUCCAACACAAAUUUCAAGUAUCAUCAUCACAACCUCAAAGGUGUAUUCCCAUUUAAGGUGUGAAAAUGAAAAAAAUGUCCAUGAGUAAGAAGCUUUCAUUUUUUUACUAAAAAGCAUUGUAAAAAGAUUUAGAUCGAUAAGCCCUACUGUUUUAUUUCUAGUAACUUGGAAAAUUCUCUGUGUCCAACACCAAGAAAGCUGUAUUUGCUCAUGGAUGCAUAGAUGAUAUCGUGUCGUUAUCCUUGUACAAGGUAUUUGAUUCCAGUGAUCAAACUAUUCAUCCGACUUGUUCAAUACAUAUUUUUUUACGGAUCCAGUCGAUCAUAAAACUAUUUCCAUUUAUAUAGGGCAGUUACUCUGUGCAUAUACUCAACUGCGCAUUGAUACUUGAUAUCACAUACAUGUAUAUCAUUUAUCAUGGCAUAUUUUCAUAUUGCAUUUAUGAAUUAUUUUGCGCUUAGUUGUGUUAAAGAUGUUUGACUUCUAACAACAAUUAUCUAACAUAUUUUGAUCGCAAAGUACUAAUCGCGGAGUAAAUGAAUUGUAAUUAAGCCAUUUGUCUAUCUUUUGUGUGUUAGGAUGCUUGUAUGUGUGUGGGAUGGUGUGUAAGUGUGGGUGGAAGUUAGGGUAAGGUGGUUUGGUAAAUAAAUGCUAGGUACACUUUGAAGAACUAGUAGAAUCAUUCACAUUGUUUAAUCAUUAGAGGCCAUUUCAUAAAGAGUUACAACUGUUAUAACUUUGCUAUUAUGGCAACUACCAUGGCAACAGGG